AUGGACACAGUUGACUGGAGAACUCAAAUGCCACCUGAUUCACGACAGAAGAUCAUCAACAAGAUAAUGGAGACACUAAAGAAGCACCUUCCAUUUUCUCUACCAGAGGGACUUAACGAGCUCAGGAGAAUCGCUACAAGGUUCGAGGAGAGAAUAUUCAGUGAUGCCGUUAACCAGACUGAUUACCUUCGGAAAAUAUCCAUGAAGAUGCUGACUAUGGAGAUUAAAUCACAAAAUGCUGCUGGACCUGGUUCUACUUCAUCUAUCACUCCUGCUAAGAGAAGCUUCCUCUCAAGUCAGGGUUAUCAUCAUAUGGAGAAUGUUAAUUCAAGGCUUCCUAUUCCGAAAGCAGAGCCUGGCGAGAUCACAGGUGACUGGAGAAUGUAUCUGCCACCGGGUUCACGCCAGAGGAAUGCCCAUAAGAUAAGGGAGACACUAACUAAACAUGUUGGGCAAGAAGGAAGUUUCGAGCUCAUGAGCAUUGCUACCAGCUUAGAGGAGUUCAUUUGCAGAACUGCUAUUGACCAGGUGGAUUACGUUCGCAAAAUAUCUUUCAAGAUGCAGACUAUGGAAGAGGGAAACUAA